GACUUAAGAAAAAUAAAAUGAAUCUGUGAAAUACAUCUUUACUUGCAUCAAUCUUUUCUUUAGGAAAUAUCCGAGGUUUUGUUCUUUUGACCAUAAAUACAAAAAACAUUCCUUUAUUAAGUAAAGUGACUUCUCGGGAUUGUCCGUAUCAAAGGGCGUAUUUACAUUAAUGCACCGCCAUUUACAGUAACAGCACCGCCAGCAGUUUUAGUCCAACAGUUUCGGGACGCGAGUUUGUAAAUAUGACAAGCGACAAUGUAAAAAUGAAAGACAGCACGUCGGGUCAUAUUUUAGUGAGUAUCGAGCUUAUUGCGCUUCUUUUGUCGAUUCAAAUUUGACAUUAUAUGAGACAUUAAUGGGAAAAUGUGCAACAUCAGAUCUCGACACUAUAAGCUGCUCAUCGAGUAGACAUAGGCGGGUUUGAGACCACGACAGCUGACACAAAACGGGAUGCUUUUUGCGUUCAUAUGAUGGAAUGAUUGUGCUCAAUUAAUUUAUAAAUAAACACACUGUGGUGCUUUAGUUAACAAGAUGCAAUAAUACAUCGCACAAGAACAUAGGCAGCAGAACUGUUAAAUGCAUAUAAUCGUGUUUCUCAACUCAAAAAGUGGAAGUGUAUUUCAAAUAUGACAUUGGAAGUGUCUCAGUUCAUAUUUGUCACUAUUCUGACAUAUAACGAUUCUCCUUACAUAAAUGCACGACGUGCUGCAGUGGUUUCCACUGCCACUUUUGCUCUGAAAGUGUAUUUAAAUCGACCAGAAAUGACAAAUUAAAACUGCAUAUGACAAGACAUUUUAACAGGGCAGUUUUCCACGAGGGUUUCUCCAUUCACAGAUGUGGAUUUGACUGUCGACCAUCGCUACAUUAUCACUGUCCCUACUGCGAAACUACAGUUUUACGAAGAAACGAUUUUGAAAGUCAUUUAAUUGUUUGUAAAGAAGCACAUCCUGAAAGUGCCCUUCGCUUGUGCACUAGCGCCAUGAGUAGCACACUUGAUGACUCAAAGACAACAGACGCAAGUAUGGACCACGAACUUUAUACUGUACAGAGUCCCUCUGAGGACAUUAAGGAUGGCCCAGAUCAUGCAGAAUUCAUUUAUAAGAUGUCAAAUGAAGAAUUUGUUAGAUUCGUGAAGUUGCGUGUGACCAACGACUCACUUUUCACUGGAAAGAGAAAUUCUUCAACUCUGGCUUAUAGGGCCAUAUUGAAAGAGCUGGGUCUGCAAAGGGAAAUUUCUGCCAGCCAGGCCAGGAGAAAAUGGGAAAACCUUAAGAUGAAAUAUAAGGAAAUGAAGAAUCCCCCACCUGGCGUCUCGGUGAACCCCACUAACUGGCCGUGGUUCUCCCUCAUGGAUGACGCCAUGGAGGGUAGACUCGCGGGAAGCGAAGUCACCCUAGACACUUCUUCUGUGGGCGAUGACAGCGAGUAUCGGCCGAACAACACCACGCGUAGGAGGAGCAAAAGGGCGCGUGAGCCGAACAGAAGCGAGAUCGAGCUGUUUGUCGAAGAGGAUGACAUGAUGUCUGAAGAAAUGGGGCGAGACAGGGCAGACCUGGACAGAGACAGGGAUGAGAUGGAGCACGAGAGGGCCAUCCUGGAGAGCGAUAAAGCUGCUAUUGAAUACGAGAGGAUGGUCCUGGAGCGGGAGAAGAUGGUUUUAGACCGAGAAAGAGCAGGAGUGGAGCGUGAACUUGCAGCAUUGGACCGAGACAGGGCGUCUCUAGAGAGAGAGAAAGCCGCUGUGGAGAGAGAUAGGGCCUCUGUGGAGUACAUCCGAGCUCAGCUGGAAAAGGAAAGAGCGAUUCUUGACAGAGAAAGGGCAAAGCUUGAACGAGAGCGUGCCGUCCUAGAGCAGCAGCGUGGGAUGGAGAAGGGGGAGCAGCCGGCUAAUCUGAACGAUAAUUCAGAAGGAACUGACACCUCUAUUCCCUUAGUGAUGGAACCGGCUUCCUUAGAGAGGAGGCAGAAAUUCCUCAACCUGUUUGAAAAGCUCAUUGAGAACUUCUAAAACAUAACUGACUGUUCUGAACGGGACCCAUUAUGUAUAUGUUAUUAUUUUUGUACACCUUCUGUUUGAAGUAAAACCGUUUACUGUUGCCGGAAGUGGAUUGUUCUGUGUUACAGUGAUUGAUUUUGUAAUGUUAGUAGCUAUUGUUUAAAAGAGCACUUUGAAGC